UAUUGCUAGAAUUAGAAGCGAGUACUUCCUGUUGACACGCAGAGGCACGAAAACAAACUUCUUAUGCCUCAAACAGUCCAGUUUCUGAGCAGUUAAUUACCUCUCUGAGAUAAUGACGAAUGUGUAUUCAUUUGAUGGACUGUUGGUGUUCGGCCUGCUAGUCGUAUGUACAUGUGCCUACAUGCGACGGGUUCCUCGACUCAAGCAGUGGUUCCUGUCUGAGAAAAAAGGCUUUCUAGGAGUAUUUUAUAAAGCAUCUGUUAUUGGCACCCGACUUCACACUCCGGUAUCUGUCAUCUGUAUUCUCAUGGCAUUCUAUGUUCUUCUACUCAAGUAACCAUGGCAAACUCACCUUUCAUUACGUCUCCGCCCAGAGUUGUCUGCUCUUGCAUACUCAUCCAUCAUUUGUAUCACAUUGAAUGUGGAGAAGGCAUGGACAUUACAUGGAGAACAGCUGACUGUGGUUGACAGCUCAACUAUGCAGAAACUGUGUAAUUAUGUGAAGAACACGACUUUCUGUGAUCACUGUGUACUUACCAUGUUUGUUUACAGAUGUCAUGCCAUUCAAAGUGCUGAUGUGAUAAGAGCUUCUAAAGUUCCAGAUUGGCUAAUUAUCUGCAUAAAAUAUGCACAACAAAUCAUGCUCACUCUUUACUCACUCACGAAAUAUGCCUGAAAAAUAUGACUUUACCAUGUUUACUAUACUGUGUGUGUAAUUACCUAAAGUCAGACAUUGUAUUUGUAUCUUUCGUAACACUAUUUCCUUAAUGACCAUCUAUACUGAUAAAAUGCAAGCAUGUCCACUUUUGAGUUUUGGUACAAAGACCUUUCAGUGUAAUAAACUUGCAACAUGGUACUAAGUUGGGGCAAGUUCAUUACAUUA